UUGAAAUAUUUUAUUAAUGAAAUAAUUUUCAGCUUUCAGAAAGAUUUCUUGCUUGAAGAUAAAGAGCAACUUACUAACCACAGAAGAGGAGUUGAUACUAAGCUCUUAAUUGUACUUCCUAAAGUUGCAGAAUUAAGAAAAAUCUUUGAGCCAAAGAGAAAAGAAUUUUUAGAAAUGAAAAGAAAAGAAAGAAUUGCCAGGCGCUUGGAAGGAAUUGAAAGUGAUGCCCAACCUAUCCUCUUGCAGAGCUGCACAGGGUUAGUCACUCAUCGCCUGCUGGAAGAAGACACUCCCAGAUACAUGCGAGCCACGGACCCAGCCAGCCCCCACAUUGGCCGAUCAAAUGAAGAGGAAGACACUUCCGAUUCUUCUUUAGAGAAGCAGACUCAGUCCAAGCAUUGCACAGAAACUUCAGGCAUCCAUGGUGACUCAUCCUGUGGUUCAGGUACCAUGGACACCCAGGGGCUUGAAUCCAAGGCUGAAAGGAUUGCGAGGUACAAAGCAGAGAGGAGACGGCAGCUGGCAGAAAAAUAUGGGCUCACUCUGGAUUCUGAAGCUGACUCUGAAUCUCCAGCUCGAUAUGCCAAGUCCAGGAAAGAUCCCGAUGCAGUAGAGAAAAGGGGAGGAAAAAGUGACAAAUGGGAAGAGUCAAGCAAAGAUUCGAGUUCUCCAUACCCUAGGACUGAGAUCAUGGGGUUCAGGACCUAUGUGGCUGAAUCCAAGGACUAUGGCCUCCACGGGAGUGAUGGUGUUUCCCACACAGAGGUGCUGCUUAAUGUGGAGAACCAAAGACGAGAUCGAGAGCGGAGCACCCCCGAGCAAGCCCAGGAUCCGCCCCCAAAGGUGGAGAGUUCGUCUUCCUUCCCACUCUCUGCAGGAGACUGCUCCUUCAGUGAUGUGCCAAGGUCCCCAAAGCAAAUGCCUACCAUGUCCCACUCCUCUCCUCGACAGUCAAGCCUCUCUGCUGGUGACCCAUCAUUCCCCACUGAGGCAAGAUCCAGUCCCGGGAAACCCAAACAUGAGUGGUUUCUCCAGAAAGAUUCCGAAGGAGACACACCUUCACUUAUCAACUGGCCUUCCAGAGUUAAAGUUAGAGAAAAAUUGGUGAAAGAGGAGAGUGCUCGCAGCAGUCCUGACCUUGCCCCAGAGUCCUUAACUCAGAGGAGACAGCAGCCAGUGCCAGUCCAUUACCUGUCCCUUCAGUCAGAGAACUCUGCUUUCGAUAGGGUGGUGAGCAAGGCAGCCAGCUCUGCACGACAGCAGAUUCGGGGCUACAGUCAACCAGCAGAUCCCACUCACACUGCCAAGCUGGUGACCUCAGAAACCCCAGAAAAUGUAUCUGAGUACAGCUGGGUGGGAUCAGCCACCCAGAAUGUCAUAAAGCCUCCCACCCUGAAGGUUCUAGAAGGUGAGAGAAGGGAUACCCCAGUUCUCCUUAGUAGUGAAUCCAAAACAGAUGAAGAUGUGUCCUUGACCGAAGCUCUUGAGAAAAGCAGGAAAACACUGUCGUCUUCGGAGACUCAUGGAUUAUCAAGAAGCCACCAAGACCCUUCUGGAAAUGAGAACUUUGGUAAGCCCACUGUUAGCACAGUCACCUUAAAACAGCAGAAGGAAGCAGAGAGUCUGUCACAAGCUCAGCACCAGCCAUCUGAGAGAACGGGAAGGAGUGAAAUGGUUUUGUAUGUUCAGGAUGAGCCUGUGUCCCAGGAUGCCAGGGUGACAGGUCACAAAAAGGAAACAACUACGAAGAAGCAGAAGGUUCUCGUGCGAUCCCUGUCUGACUACACAGGCCCCCCUCAGCUCCAGGCCCUGGACUGUAAGGAGCCAGCUUCUACUCAGGAGCCGCAGCGUUCCCAAGCUGAGGAGCCCCAUAUGGAGUUUGGCAUGCUGGACACCAGGGUCUCUGUUGCCCAGCUCCGACAUGCAUUUCUGGAGUCUGCCACUUCUAGCAAGAAACCUAAACUCCAAUCACGGUUUGAGAGGUCAACUGAAGGAGUUGGCUUGACUGCCAGUGUGGAACAGGAGAGAGGGCCCCGGAAACCGAGACGCUAUUUUUCUCCUGGUGAAAGUAGGAAAACUUCUGAGAGAUUUAGAACUCAACCUAUAACCUCAGCAGAACGAAAGGAAUCGGAUAGGUCUACUUCAAAAUCAGAAAUGCCAAUGACUGAAGAUGAAGAAAAGGUGGAUGAACGAGCCAAGCUAAGUGUUGCUGCCAAAAGGCUGCUGUUCAGGGAAUUGGAAAAGUCCUUUGAUGAGAAAAAUGUUCCCAAGCGACGCUCAAGAAAUGCGGCUGUGGAGCAAAGGCUUCGCCGCCUGCAGGACAGAUCCCACACCCAGCCUGUCACCACCGAGGAGGUGGUCAUCGCCGCCACAUUACAGGCAUCUGCUCAUCAAAAGGCUUUAGCCAGAGAGCAGGCAAACGAGGGCAGAGACUCUGCUGAACAAGGUGAACCUGAUUCCUCAACUCUAAGCCUAGCAGAGAAGUUGGCCUUGUUUAACAAAUUGUCCCAGCCAGUCUCAAAAGCUAUUUCUACCCGAAACAGAAUAGACGUGAGGCAGAGGAGAAUGAAUGCACGCUAUCAAACUCAGCCGGUCACGCUGGUAGAGGUGGAACAGGUGCAGAGUGGGAAGCUCAUCCCUUUCUCACCUACUGUGAACACAUCUGUGUCCACCAUAGCAUCAACAGCUACUCCGAUGUAUGCAGGGGAUCUUCGGACAAAGCACUCUAUGGAUGACCAAACAAGUUCCACUGACUAUAAGUUUCCUUCUUCGACAGAAAAUUCAGAUACUCCAGUUCGAGUUGCUCAGAAAUCCCAGGCCCGGCAGCCUUCUGUAGAGUGUACUGGGAGCAAAGGGAUGUUGAGAGAAUUUGGAGAGACAGAAAGCAAGAGAGUGUGGUCUGGUGGAGAUGGAGGUGUGCAAAAGUACGGGUCCUUUGAGGACACAGAGUCCUCUCACAUUGUCUUCAACAGAGUUCAGGAAGGAGACAGUCAGAAAGAACCUAGACAUGCUGCUCUCCGAAAGGGAAGCCUAGAGUUGGCUGGUCCUCCCAUUGCCAAUGUUGCUGAUGAACUGAAGGAAUUUUCCACUGCUAAAAGCAUUUCCCAAGGGAAUCUAGACCUGAAGGACAGACAGCCCUUUGAAGAGAAGGCAGACAUGGAGAGUAUCUCACACAGGAGGUUUUCGCUAAGAGCAGCAGAGUUUGGGGAUCCUACUUAUGAGCAGACAGACACAGCUUCUGGGAAAAGUGUAGUUCAAACCACAACAUCCGUGUCCUGGAAGCAGCAAGAUCCUUCAGAACAAGCACAGGAGAAACCCUAUAAGAAUCCAUGUGCAAUGUUUGCUGCCGGAGAGAUCAAAGCAUCAGCCAUGGAAGGCAUCCUUGAUUCACCCAGCAAAACCAUGUCAAUUAAAGAAAGAUUAGCACUGUUGAAGAAGAGUGGUGAGGAAGAUUGGAAAAACAGACUUAGCAGAAAGCAGGAGUUUGGCAAAGCAUCUAUCACCAGCAGCCUGCACAUACAAGAAAUGGACCAGUCACUCAAGAAGAAGGAAGAAGGAGGAUUUACAGAUGAUAAUGCCAUUUCUAAUCUGCUUUGGCGGGUGACAGAAAGCAGAGAAAGCCAAAUGACUAUUGAGGAGAGGAAGCACCUCAUUACCGUGAGAGAAGAAGCCUGGAAAACAAAGGGCAAAGGGGCAGCCAAUGACUCCACUCAGUUUACAGUGGCUGGCAGAAUGGUGAAGAAAGGUUUGGCAUCCCCUACAGCGAUAACCCCUGUGUCAUCCCCUUUUUGCAGCAAAACAAGAGGCACAACACCAGUUUCCAAACCCACGGAAGAUAUUGAAGCAAGACCAGACAUGCAGUUAGAGUCAGACUUGAAGUUGGACAGACUGGAAACCUUCCUAAAAAGGCUGAAUAAUAAAGUUGGUGGGAUGCAAGAAACCAUACUCACUGUUACUGGUAAAUCUGUAAAAGAGGUGAUGAAGUUGGACGAUGAUGAAACCUUUGCCAAAUUUUACCGCAGCGUGGAUUAUACUAUGCCACGGAGUCCAGUGGACCUAGAUGAGGACUUUGAUGUCAUUUUCGAUCCUUAUGCACCCAAGUUGACAUCUUCUGUGGCUGAGCACAAGCGUGCCGUUAGGCCCAAGCGCCGGGUUCAGGCUUCCAAGAACCCCCUGAAAUUGCUGGCAGCACGAGAAGAUCUCCUUCAGGAAUACACUGAGCAGAGAUUAAAUGUUGCCUUCAUGGAAUCAAAGCGGAUGAAAGUAGAAAAGAUGUCCGCCAACUCCAACUUCUCAGAAGUUACUCUGGCAGGUUUAGCCAGUAAAGAAAACUUCAGCAAUGUCAGCCUGCGGAGCGUCAACCUGACAGAACAGAAUUCCAACAACAGCGCUGUGCCCUACAAGAAGCUGAUGCUAUUGCAGAUUAAAGGAAGAAGACAUGUGCAGACAAGACUGGUUGAACCUCGAGCUUCUUCACUCAACAGUGGGGACUGCUUCCUGCUGCUGUCUCCCCACUAUUGCUUCCUGUGGGUAGGAGAGUUUGCAAAUGUCAUAGAAAAGGCAAAGGCCUCAGAACUUGCAACCUUAAUUCAGACAAAGAGGGAACUUGGUUGUAGAGCUACUUAUAUCCAAACUAUAGAAGAAGGAAUUAAUACACACACUCAUGCAGCCAAAGACUUCUGGAAGCUUCUUGGCAGCCAAACCAAUUACCAAUCUGCUGGAGACCCCAAAGAGGAUGAACUGUAUGAAACAGCCAUAAUAGAAACAAACUGCAUUUACCGUCUGAUGGAUGACAAACUUGUUCCCGAUGAUGACUACUGGGGGAAAAUCCCAAAGUGCUCCUUACUGCAAUCAAAAGAGGUACUGGUGUUUGAUUUUGGUAGUGAAGUUUAUGUGUGGCAUGGAAAAGAAGUAACACUGGCACAACGGAAAGUAGCAUUUCAGCUGGCAAAGCACUUAUGGAAUGGAACCUUUGACUACGAGAAUUGUGACAUCAACCCACUGGAUCCUGGUGAAUGCAACCCGCUUAUUCCCAGAAAAGGACAGGGGCGACCUGAUUGGGCAAUAUUUGGGAGACUUACAGAGCACAAUGAGACUAUUUUGUUCAAAGAGAAAUUUCUUGAUUGGACCGAAUUAAAGAGACCUAAUGAGAAGAAUGUCAGCGAAUUUGCCCAGCAGAAGGAAGAUCCUAGGGCUGAGGUCAAGCCUUAUGAUGUGACACGGAUGGUGCCGGUGCCUCAGACGAUGGCCGGCACUGUGCUAGAUGGGGUGAACGUGGGCCGUGGCUACGGCCUGGUGGAAGGGGAUGACCGGAGGCAGUUUGAGAUUGCCAGUGUCUCUGUGGAUGUCUGGCAUAUCCUCGAAUUCGACUACAGCAGGCUCCCCAAACAGAGCAUCGGGCAGUUCCACGAGGGAGAUGCCUAUGUGGUCAAGUGGAAGUUCAUGGUGAGCACUGCAGUGGGAAGUCGACAAAAGGGAGAGCAUUCUGUCAGAGUGACUGGCAAGGAGAAGUGUGUCUACUUCUUCUGGCAAGGCCGGCACUCGACUGUGAGUGAGAAGGGCACAUCAGCCCUGAUGACAGUGGAGCUGGAUGAGGAACGGGGUGCGCAGGUCCAGGUUCUUCAGGGAAAGGAGCCCCCCUGUUUUCUGCAGUGUUUCCAGGGGGGGAUGGUGGUACACUCUGGAAGACGGGAAGAGGAGGAAGAAAAUGCACAAAGUGAGUGGAGGCUGUACUGUGUGCGCGGAGAAGUGCCCGUGGAAGGAAACUUGCUGGAAGUGGCCUGUCAUUGUAGUAGCCUGAGGUCCAGAACAUCCAUGGUUGUCCUGAACAUAAAUAAAGCCCUCAUUUACCUGUGGCAUGGAUGCAAAGCCCAAGCCCACACAAAGGAGGUUGGAAGGACUGCAGCAAAUAAAAUCAAAGAACAGUGUCCCCUGGAGGCAGGACUGCAUAGUAGCAGCAAAGUGACAAUUCACGAGUGUGAAGAAGGAGCCGAGCCCAUGGGAUUCUGGGAUGCAUUGGGAAGGAGAGAUAGGAAAGCCUAUGACUGCAUGCUUCAAGAUCCUGGAAAUUUUAACUUCACGCCCCGCCUGUUCAUCCUUAGCAGCUCCUCUGGAGAUUUUUCAGCCACGGAAUUCAUGUAUCCUGCCCGCGAGCCCUCAGUGGUCAAUUCCAUGCCCUUCCUACAGGAAGACCUGUACAGCGCCCCACAGCCAGCUCUGUUCCUUGUUGACAAUCACCAUGAGGUGUACCUCUGGCAAGGCUGGUGGCCCAUUGAGAACAAGAUCACAGGCUCCGCCCGCAUCCGCUGGGCCUCAGACAGAAAGAGCGCCAUGGAGACCGUGCUCCAGUACUGCAAAGGAAAAAGUAUCAAGAAGCCACCCCCCAAGUCUUACCUUAUCCAUGCUGGUCUGGAGCCGCUGACUUUCACCAAUAUGUUUCCCAGCUGGGAGUACAGAGAAGACAUUGCUGAGAUCACAGAAAUGGAUACAGAAGUUUCCAGCCAAAUCACCCUUGUGGAAGAUGUCUUAGCCAAGCUCUGUAAAACCAUCUACCCCCUGGCUGAUCUUCUGGCCAGGCCACUGCCCGAGGGAGUUGACCCCCUAAAGCUGGAGAUUUAUCUCACUGAUGAAGACUUUGAGAGUGCAUUAGACAUGUCAAGAGAGGAGUACAAUGCGCUGCCCGCCUGGAAGCAGGUGAACCUGAAGAAAGCGAAAGGUCUUUUCUGAGGAGGAGAGAUGCGGGAGGAACCACCGCUGUCACUUUCAAUACCAUUGGACCAGGAAAAGGGAUAUUUUUUUUGGACUGGUAUUUUAAAAAAUAUUUUUCAAUCAGAAAUUUCAAGGCCUGAAGUUGUUAGCUCUACUGCUUGUCCCGGAGUUGUGUAUUUUGUAAAUGUUGAAGAGAACUCUUUGGAAACUCUCUUUCCACAAUUCAGCAGGUAAUCUUAAUAAAAGUAUCCUUAUGUGCACUUAGGCAGCAUUCCUCAGUGGCUGCUGCAGCACCGCCCUCCUGUUCCAGCUGAGCAAUGCCUAUUUUUUUGGAAGCAGUUCUCUUUAUAAAGUAUUAUUUUGAUAGUUUGUGGAUUCUAAAAUAUAUAUAUAUACAUAUAUAUGCAUAUAUAUUUAUAUAAACACCACAUAAAUCAAAUAUGUAUUUAACGAAGCAAGAUAUGUAUUCAUGCUCUUUUAAGAUUUUUUUGGUUUUGGCAUCAAAAAAAUAUUAAAAGAUAGACGGAGUUGCUUCUGUGGAUUUAGCUCUGCCACCAAUAUGUAUCCUCACACACGUUCAGAAGUGUCUCCUCCUUAGGUCUGACUUGUUCUGAGUGCUGCUUCGGUGCUAAAAUGAACAAAGAAUGUGUACUUACUGGCAUGGGCUCUGAAGAAUCUGUGCGAAUCCACCCUUCUACCUUAAUAUCUCCCCCUAAUGUAUAGUGCCUUGUUUUUAUGUACAGUUUAUAUACAGAACGGUUUGCUCUGCAUUUUUUGAUGAUGGUUUGGAGCAUUAUCUACAGUUUUAUUUUAAAAUAGUAGAAAUAAAAACAUCUCAAUUUCUAAUACCGGUUGUAAACAAUAAACAUGUCAUUUUGUGAUAUAGGACUCCAAAAUAAAAGCUUCAGAAUAAACACAACAAUUAUUGGUUCAUACUGAAUUCCAAGCAUGUUCCUUCCUGAACAAAAAAUUUUUAAAUUUAACCUACCUAGUACCAAUAUUAAUUGCUGUAACUUUUGGCCAAGAUUUUACUCAAGAUCUUAAGAUUAAACAGGUAUUUGACCCAUAAAACUAGUUUUUUUAAGUACUGUGUUGAAGAUGUAAUUUUGCAAAUCAUCAUUGAACACAAACUCUUUCCCUGCAACUACAUAUGCAUCUGAAAUUCAAGACCACAGUGCAUUUUUUAAAAUACUGAAUAUAUAAGGUGUUUAGAAAACUCCUCAUAAGCUCAUAUGUUCCUAGAACUUCAAAUGUAUGGUUUCCAUGUACCUAAUGCGAGUUGUUACCUAUGCCCCACAUUUCCCUAAGUUAACAUAUCUGAGAAGAGUGCAUUUGCCUUCAACUUGGUCACUUACUCAUGAGUGUGGUAACAUAUCUCUGAAGAGGUGUGAAUUCGUGCCUCAGAAUCACAUACAGUGCUGUAAACCAAAGUUGCCUCAAUUAAAAAAUAAAAGAAAAAAACUUUAAAUCAAAUU